GAGGGAAAAUCGGAUCAAACAAAAGGCGCCUUAAGACUUUCUCUCUCUCUCUCUCUCUGAAAACCUUUCUCCGGUUCGAACUUGAAAUGGAAGCGGCAAUGGGACUGAUGAGAAGAAUGCCUCCGAAGCAUACGGAGACGGCGCUUUCUGCUCUCUUAAGCCUCUUGCCGGACCACUCUUCAGAUCUACUCUCUCAAGUCGAUCAGCCUCUUCAGAUUUUACGUGAUGUGGAGAGCGGAAAAGAGUUCAUAUUGUGUGAAUACAACAGAGAUGCAGACUCCUAUAGAUCACCUUGGUCAAAUAAAUAUCAUCCAUCAUUGGAAGAUGCACCCUACCCAUCUCCAGAGUUGAGGCAAAUUGAGAUAGAAGCAAAUGACAUCUUUGCUAUUUACUGUGACCAGUAUUAUGAAGGUGGCAUUUCAUCUGUAUACUUGUGGGAAGACGAUGCUAAGGAUGGAUUUGUGGCAUGCUUCUUGAUAAAGAAAGAGGGCCCCAAAAUGGGACAGGCAAGAAGAGGUAAUAUGAAGGAAGGAGCAUGGGAGGCUAUCCAUGUUAUUGAGGUGAGUGGAGAAGAUGAUGGAAUGGCACACUACUGUUUAACAAGCACUGUCAUGCUUUCAAUGACUACAAAGGAUGAUUCAUCCGGCUCAUUUAAUCUGUCUGGGUCAAUUCGAAGACAGAUGAACAUGAAUCUAUCAGUUUCAGAAGGUCAUUUAUGUAACAUGGGAAAAAUGAUAGAAGAAAUGGAGAGCAAACUGCGUAACUCAUUAGAUCAGGUUUAUUUUGGCAAAACACAAGAGAUGGUUUGCACUUUGAGACCACCCGCAGAACUCCUGCAAAUGCGAAUGCCCAAUUGACGAGCAUUGUUUAAAUAUUGAAGGUGAGAAAAAGAGUGCAUCUGCUUUAUGUAUUUCGCCAUUUCGUUCGUUCUUUAUUCGUAAGAUUGUGGUAGUGUUCCUUUUUCUUGUUUUUGGCUUCCCUGUGAAUAUGAGAGAAUUUUCAAGAAUAUCUGUCUCACUGUUUGACAAAGUUUUCAGUUAAAUUUAGAAAAGAAACAAAAAUAUCCAAAAGUUUUAUGUUUU